AUGCUCUCCCACGACCAGAUAGUGAUCCUGAACCUGGCCUGGGUUUUGGGAUCUGCAACUAUUCUCAUAAUGGUUUUGCGCUUGCUCAUGCGCAAACUGAGGAAACAACGGCUGAUUCUAGGUGACUAUCUUACCAUGUUGGCCAUCUUAUGUGUGCUGGCUCGAUCGACAUUCGCUACUGUUGUAACCUUAUGGGGAAAUAAUAACUAUACGGAAACUGAUCAACAUUUCACCGCAACGGAAAUUCACCAGCGUGAAGUCGGAAGCAAGUUGACCCUUGCAAAUCGAAUGCUGUAUAACACGUAUCUUUGGAUUCAGAAAUCAGUUAUUCUGCUCCUGUAUAACAGAAUAUUCUCUUGUCUACCUUUCGCUGCGCGAAUCAUCAAGGUCUUCUGGGUUGUGCUCUUCGUGACCUUCUGUGUUGUGCAAGCUACGAGCUUUGUCGACUGCCGCCCUGUGCGGCUCUACUGGCAGAUUCUGAUUUCAUUCAUUGCCUCUAAUGACCUAUGGGAUCAGAAUCUGACAGAGGCAAAUAUAGGAGAUUGUACAGACGCCACUAUCCAGCUAUUUACCUUUGUCUCUCUCAACAUAGCGACCGAUGGAAUGCUCUUGAUCUUCCCUCUACCACUUAUUUUCAACCUCAGGCAGUGUCCUUUGAAAACUCGGCUCCAGUUACUCGGGCUUUUCUCCCUAGGCAUUCUCUUGACCAUCAUCGCUGUUCUGAGGCUUCCUGUAUAUGAGAAUGGCACCUCGCAACUCCGUCGCUAUAUAUGGGGCUCUAUCGAGCAAUUUUGCGCGGCUUUAGUGGCCAACCUGCCAACUUUGUAUAGCCUUCGCAGACGGAAAAUUCUUGGGCCUAUUUCUACGCCCCACAGCUCUUUCAGCAAUGCACUGGUCAACAGAUCGAGCGGGAGUAGGCGAACACCAGAAGAAGAGCUGCUCGAUUGGCCAGAUUUUGUGGAAUCCAGGCGAGGAUCGUGCCGGGACGAUAUCGUUACAGAAGAGUCAUCCAAUCGAACCGAUGAAGGCGAUCGCAACGUCUGA